CGCACAAGGUGAUUCAUGGGUGCCAGGAGCUCGCCAUUCACCGCUCGUCUGGCCAGGUUUUCGCGCGAUUGGUGCACAGCAUCUGAGCGCGUCGGGCGGCGAUGUCAUGGCGCUAGUCGGGUCUUGGCUGCGGCUCCCUUACCCCUGUCGCUCGUCCGGGGGUGGCAUGCCUUCGGGUCAGUUCGAGCCACAUCACCGCUCGCCAGGACAGCCAGGAACCAGGAACACUGCACCCACCGCGCUGACAAGUAGUCGCAGCGGGUACAGUCUGCUGGCCCAAACUCCUCCAGCUCGAGCUCCAGCCGUUGAAUAGCGCCAUUUCCCCCAUCGUUGAGGACACCAACGCCAUGGCAGACCAGUUGCUGGAACAAGUGCGCGAUGUCGUGGAGGGGCAGAUUGACUUCGAGGGCCAGCGUUUGGCAGAGAUGAUUACAACCGUGCUGCUCGGCGCUUCUGGCAUCGUCGCCUUCUUCAUCGGCUUCAUGGCACAAGACAUCAAGCUCACCCUUUACAUCGGCCUCACCGGCACCGCCCUCACCUUCCUCGCCGUCGUGCCCCCGUGGCCGUUCUACAACAAGAACCCCGAGCCCUGGCUGUCGCCGCAUACUGCUGCGUCGGGCAUUCGCAUUGAUGUCGAUGGGCAAAAAGUGGGCUAGUCAAUAAGAAGAUCAUGGCAUGGACCGUUGAUGGAUAUGGGCUUGCAUGGAGUCACGCGAAGGGUUCGGGCUAUUUCAUGACGUGAUAAUGGAGCUUCGUUCGACGAUGACUAUCAUCGUUCUGUCAUGCUACCCUGCGAAUAUUUCAUGACCGGGACGCCAAAAUGACCACGUCGAGAUUCCAAGCGCCGUCCAUGCUCUCGCUGGCCCUGUAUAUGAGCAUCUGAAAUUCGGGGAGGAGCGUCUAUCGGCCGUAUUUCUGGAACUCCCAGUCUCGGUUGUCCAGCGGACACACUUGGCGGGUCUUGAGCCAUCGCGAAAUGCAGUGGAAGUGGAAUGCGUG